AUGAAAUAUUUUUCGUUGGCCCUAUUGUAUGGGGUUGGCCUUCUAGGCCCUGUAGCUGCAGCAUCCAACAGCACUAAGGGUCUUCUUUCCAAUGGCAAGGUGGACCUCGGCGACUGGAAAGAAUCUUAUGAAAAAGCUGUGAAAUUUGUCGCAAAGCUAAACACUACUGAGAAACUGAAACUUAUCACCGGUAGUGAUGUCAAAACUACAGAUGGUGCCUCAUUCACUGCCUACCAGUUCAUCGGAGGUGAUAUGGGCGUUCAGGAUGAUUACUAUGUCAGCGCAUUCGGUCAAGCUUCGGCACUGGCAAUGACUUGGGAUAGAGGUGCUAUCUAUACUCAGGCGAAAGCUGUUGCUACUGAGUUUUACAAGAAGGGUUAUCAGGUUGCUGAUGGGCCUACUUCUCAUCCUAUUGGACGCACUCCUUGGGAUGGACGACUUGUUGAGACAUAUGGAUCUGAUCCUUACUUGAAUGGAAUUGCUACUGGCUUGAGCAACCAGGCGUACACGGACAGUGGUAUUAUCCCUGGUGUUAAGGAGGAGGAGCAGGAGGAGGAGGAGGAGGAGGAGGAGGAGGAGGAGGAGGAGGAGGAGGAGGAGGAGGAGGAGGCGGCGGAGGAGGCGGCGGCGGCGGUGGCGGCGGUGGUGACCAUUCAUGAGACAUACCUUUGGUCCUUCUAUGAUGCCGUCCAUUCAGGCGCUGGUAGUGUGAUGUGCGCCAUGACAAAGGUCAACAACACUUUAGCAUGCGAGUCCUCGUCUCUGCUAAUCGAUCUCCUGAAAACCGAGCUCGGAUUCCCAGGCUUCGUCUUCCCCGACGUGAAUGGCCAGUCAGAUGCUCUUGCCUCUGCAACCAAUGGUCUUGACUAUGGCUCUUCCAGCAUCUGGUCCGACUCAGUGAUUGAAGGCUACCUCGAAGAGCACAAUCUGACUGAAGCACGCCUGAAUGACAUGGUUAUCCGUAACCUUAUGCCGUAUUACCAGGUCAAUCUCGACAACGGCGCUCAACCGUUCUUAGCAGAGUCAGGUGCGUACAUCGAUGUACGGGGUAAUCACUCAAAGUUGAUCCGCGAAAAUGGUGCAAAGUCUUUAGUCCUUCUCAAGAACGAGAACAAUACUUUGCCUCUAAGCAAGCCCCACAAGAUGGCCAUCUUUGGCUCCCAUGCUCGCGCUGCGCUUGCUGGUCCAAAUAUCCAGUUCAGUGUAGUUGGUUCCGGUCCCACCUAUGACGGUCACCUGGCCACAGGUUCUGGAUCGGCUGAAGGCUCGCUGCCAUACCUGAUCACCCCCGAGAAUGCAUUGACUAUCAAGGCCAGUCAAGAUGGAACUAUGAUCCGCUGGGUUGCGAAUGACACCUACACCGCGUCAGCCGGUUCCAACCUGGUGGUGCAGGGAUCUGAUAGUACAUCUGUCACGCCUUCCAUCAGCAACUAUGCUGAGAACAUGGACGUCUGCCUCGUUUUCAUGAACGCCCUCGCUGGUGAAGGUGCUGACAGGACUGAACUGUACAACACCGACCAGGACGAUCUCGUCAAGGAGGUUGCUGAAAACUGUGCCAAAACCAUCGUUGUGAUUAACACAGUUGGUGCCCGAAUCCUCGAUGCAUGGAUUGAGAACGAAAAUGUUACUGCGGUCGUAUAUGGUAGUCUUCUCGGUCAGGAAUCCGGCAACUCGAUCGUCGAUGUCCUCUACGGCGAUGUCAACCCGAGCGGUCGACUGAUCUACACAAUUGCCAAAAAUGAGUCUGAUUAUAUUGAUGUCUGCUCUUCCACAUCGUGCAACUUCACUGAGGGCAACUACAUUGACUACCGUUACUUUGACCGCUACAACAUCACUCCCCGGUAUGAAUUCGGUUACGGUCUUUCAUACACUAAUUUCACCUACUCGAAUAUCAAGAUUAACUCACCUUCGACCCUCUCCACAUACCCUACUGGCAAGCUCGCCAUUGGUGGCAAUAAGGACCUUUGGGAUAUUGUCGGAAGUGUUCAGGCGACAGUUCAUAAUACUGGCUCUCUUGAUGGUGCCGAGGUGCCUCAGCUCUACAUCAAAUAUCCCAAGUCGGCUAAGCAACCCUUGCGACAGCUGCGCGGGUUUGAAAACGUGGAUAUCAAGGCUGGAAAUACUACUGAUGUGAAGUUCAAGCUGCGUCGCCGGGAUAUAUCUUAUUGGGAUGUGAAGGCGCAGAAGUGGGCUGUUGCUCCUGGUAAGUAUCAUGCGUAUGUUGGUGCUAGUUCUAGGGAUCUUAGGCUUCACUCUACUUUUACGGUUGAGACUGAAUGA